AUGAUUCGCGCUCUCUCUCUUGCCUUCUUCACCGUCUGCCUUGUGGCUGUCCAGGCUGGCGAGGAUGUCAUCGUCGGUACCAAGGACAACUUUGACGAUCUCGUCGGAAAGGAUGAGCUCACCCUAGUCAAGUUUUACGCGCCCUGGUGCGGUCAUUGUAAGAAGAUGGCCGGCGAUUUCAAAGAGGCUGCCACCGAGCUCAAGGGCAAGGCCGUCCUCGUUGAUCUCGACGCCACCGUCGAGAAGGACCUUGCACAGAAGUACGGCAUCCAGGGUUUCCCCACCCUAAAGCUAUUUUCUAAGGGAGAGGUUGUGUCUGACUACAAGGGUGGCCGCACGAAGGAUGCCCUGAUCCAGUACAUUGAGCGCGCGCUUCUCCCAAGUGUCACAGAAUGUGCCGACGCUGAUGCCGUCGCUGCUUUCGCGAAAGACAACUCUGGAAAGGCGAUCGUCUUUGGUAUCGCUCUCGACAAGUUGGCUUCGGAUUACACCAAGGUCAGCAUGGGUCUUCGCGAUGUCAUGCCGGACGCCAUCGCCUUUGGCUCGGUUAAGGACUCUUCCUUGUUGAAGAAGUACUCCGACAAGCUUGCUGCGGAUUCCGUUCUCAUCGUCCGCGAUGAUGAGUCGACUGACGUCUUCACCGGAAAGGGAGAAGAGCUCGAAGCAUGGGCCAAGGUCAGUGCCCUUCCGCUCUUCGCCGAACUCAGCCGUGAUAAUGCCUCCCUCUACACCGAACUCGAGAAGCCGAUCUUUAUCCUCUUCCAAGACCCAGACAAGAAAGACGAGAAGGUCAAUGAAGCCGUCUCUGAAGUCGCCAAGAAGCAUCGCGCUUCGGGUGCCAUCGCCUUUACAUGGAUUAACAGCAUCGGUCUCGAGAGCUUUGCUAAACAUGUUGGUGUCGAAGACAAGUCGCCUGCCAUUGCCAUUUAUCUAUUCAAGGGUGAUGUCAAGUAUUUAUAUGAAGACGAGUACAGCCCGGAGUCGCUUGGCAAGUGGGUGCAGGCAUUUGUAGAUGGAAAGAUUACCCCGACUACCAAGUCGGAGCCCGUCCCUGAGAAGAACGAUGAACCCGUCAAGAUCGUCGUCGGUGAGUCAUGGGCUGAUGUUGUCGAGGACGACUCGAAAGAUGUCCUCAUCGAACAGUAUGCCCCGUGGUGCGGCCACUGCAAGAAGCUUGCUCCUAUUCUCGACGAGCUUGCCACUGAUCUGAAGGGUAUCGAAACUCUUGUCAUUGCAAAGAUGGAUGCUACCAAGAACGAUGCCCCAGUAGACUACAAGGCUCAGGGCUACCCGACCCUGCACUUCUUCCCGGCCGGAUCAACAAAGGGAAAGCCGUACGAUGGCGGUCGAACAAAGGAAGACUUCAUCAAGUACUUCAAGGAAAAUGCGACACACAAGGAGGGCAUUGAAAUGCCAGAGAAGAAGGAGAGCGACGAAGAGAGCAAGGAUGAAGAAGAGGCAGAUAAGGAGGAGUUGUAAGCUCUUUGUCACCGAAGUGUAGAAAGACGUGUGCGUAGAUGAUGUAAAUAGCAGAUCUACGUAAACAAA